AUGCAUAAGGAAAAUAAAGCUGCAGCAAACAGAUGUGGCAAAAUCCGAAGUGGCACUCCAAAUGAGGCUGCUUUACUGGCCCUGAUGGAGAAGACUGGAUACAACAUGAUUCAAGAAAAUGGGCAAAGAAGAUUCGGUGGUCCUCCACCAGGUUGGGAAGGUCCACCACCACCGCGUGGAUGUGAAGUUUUUGUGGGUAAGAUUCCUCGUGAUAUGUAUGAAGAUGAAUUAGUUCCUGUUUUCGAGAGAGCUGGGAAGAUCUAUGAGUUCAGACUGAUGUUAGAAUUCAGUGGUGAGAAUCGAGGCUAUGCUUUUGUGAUGUACACUACGAAAGAGGAAGCCCAGCUAGCCAUCAAGAUCCUUAAUAAUUAUGAAAUUCGUCCAGGAAAGUUUAUGGGUGUCUGCACAAGCUUGGACAACUGCAGGCUAUUUAUUGGAGCAAUUCCAAAAGAAAAGAAGAAAGAAGAAAUACUGAAUGAAAUGAAAAAAGUUACGGAAGGAGUGAUGGAUGUAAUUGUUUAUCCGAAUGCCAGUGACAAAACUAAGAAUCGUGGCUUUGCUUUUGUAGAAUAUGAAUCUCACAGAGCAGCUGCAAUGGCUAGAAGGCGGCUGGUCCCAGGAACAUUCCAGCUCUGGGGCCAUACUGUUGUGGUAGACUGGGCAGAACCUGAGAAAGAAGCUGAUGAAGAAACAAUGCAGAGAGUUAAAGUAUUAUAUGUGAGAAAUUUAAUGAUUUCUACUACAGAGGACACCAUUAAAGCUGAGUUCAACAAGUUCAAGCCAGGAGUAGUUGAACGUGUGAAGAAGCUGAGAGAUUAUGCAUUUGUUCAUUUUUUCCACCGAGAAGAUGCAGUUGCUGCUAUGUCUGUAAUGAAUGGAAAGUGCAUUGAUGGAGCUAGUAUUGAGGUAACACUGGCAAAGCCAGUUAACAAAGAAAGUACAUGGAAACAACAUUUUAAUGGCCAGAUAAGUCCUCGUUCUGAAAGUCUGUUAUGGUUUCCUAACAAAGAAGAAGGUUAUCAAAAAUCCUUAGGGCAACCAGUAAGUCUUUCAGUUUGUCUUAAUCGUCAGCCCAGUCCAGAGCCCCCUGAGGAUGAAAGAUGUACAUACCUGGUUUUUCCAGGAGCAAAGCUUACACCAAUUAGCAUGUAUUCCUUAAAGUCCAGUCACUUCAGUUCUGCAGCAAUGCAUCUGGAUUAUUUUUGCAAUAAAAAUAACUGGGCACCACCAGAAUACUACUUGUAUUCAACCACAAGUCAGGAUGGGAAAAUACUCUUGGUGUACAAGGUGAUUAUUACUAGUAUGGCAGAUAGUUCCCAGAGUUACUUCAUGCCAGACAAACUCUCCACAACAGUAGAAGAUGCAAAGGAGUUGGCAGCACAAUUUACACUUCUACAUCUAGCCCCUGAACAAGCAUAUAUAACUUUGCGGUCCCUGAAUUCAGCAUAG